UUUCGGCGUAACAGCCUUAAAUUCUAGCUUACAUUUGCGUUAACGUUGUUGAGUCCGAUGCUGACUGGACCCUAGAUUGAGAAUAACAUUUCAGAAGCAUUUGUCUUGGACUUCAGGAUAUACCUUUAGCUGCUGAGGCAAACGCUUUCCUGCUGCUUGAUUUUUAUGGUAGAGAAUAGCGAAGAAAAUACAUCCCGGGAGGGAUUCGUACCACUGUCGGGCACAGGUUGUUCAGAGGACACGACGUUAGAGCGACCAAGACGCCACAGCACCGGAGCUUCCCAGCUGGGCGCCGGGAACAUUUUCAUCAUGAUCCCGGCCAACAACACCACGGACCACCGCGCCUGGAGCCUGGAGCACGGCGUGUCGGCCACUAUCAUGGGGGUUUACCUCACCAUAGUAGGUCUGGUGGCGACCGUCGGUAACGCUACAGUGGUGCUGAUGUUUAUCCUGAAGUGGAGACAGCUCUGCCGCAAGGCGCCGAACCUGCUCGUCAUCAACCUAGCCGCAGCCAACCUCUGCGUAACCAUAUUUGGGUAUCCCUUUUCUGCGUUAUCAGGCUACGCCCACCAAUGGUUAUUCUCUGACGCCAUCUGCACGCUGUACGGGUUCAGCUGUUUUGUGCUGUCCAUGGUGUCCAUGCACACUCUGUGUCUCAUCAGCAUACACAGGUACAUCACCAUCUGCCGCCCUGAACACGCCAGUAAGUUGACAAUGAGCAGGACAAUCUUGGCUGUGAUCGGGGCCUGGCUGGUUGCGAUCGUCGUGGCGGUACCACCACUGUUCGACAUUGCAAGGUACACGUACGAGCCGUUCGGUCUGUCCUGUGCUAUUGACUUCCGGGUCACGACCGUGGCUGACCUGGUGUACCUCAUCUGCCUGAUCGUCCUGUGCUACGUCAUCAAUGUCGUCAUCAUGGGAACCUGCUACUUCAAAAUCAUCAGGAAGUUCUCCAAACAGCGAUUCAGGCAAGUCCGUGACAUCAGGACUAGUUAUCGGCGCAGCUUCGAAAUGGGAGUCACCCUGCGGUGUAUCCUGAUGGUACUAUUCUACCUGGUGUCCUGGACGCCCUACACGGCCCUGUGUGUGUGGACCAUGGUGGGCCCGCCGCCGCCGGUGGAGGUCAGCAUGGCGGCCGCCUUGAUCGCCAAGACCCACUGCGCCUUCAACCCCAUCUUAUACGCGUUCAUGAGCGAGGUGUACCGGAAGCUGGUGUUUCGCACCAUGUGUCCGUGUUGUUUCACCAGGAUCAGCUGCACUUCGGCCGCCACGCCGCCAGGGAGCAGCAAAGUCUCCGGCCACCCCACCCCCGACAUCUUCACCGUGGGCUACAGCAGCCGGGACCAGGCCGUGCAGAUCAACAGGGCCGCUUCCAGGCGCUUCUGUUUCGUUACGGAGACGGCGUCAGAAGAUCUGGGCAUUGAGGAAACGAGUUUUACGGGCCACAUUGGUCUGUGGAGAUCAGGGGCCACGGUAGAGGGUUUGGGCGGCGUCCAAGUCACACAGUCGCCGACGUCAGGGUCAGGAAGUGAGUCGUCACCGUCUCUCUUGGACUUCCUACCCAAAAGGGCUUCAGGAAGGAUAGCUUCUGCAAAAGUGCCUUCCCCGUCUGCUUUUACUUUUGAGCAGACGACAUGCCCCGAGUUUAUAGACAGACAGGCCGCUGGGCCGGAACAGUCUCAGCAGGACAAGACAACCCGAUCAUCUGCACUGGACGUCAGGCUGACCGAGGAUGACGUCACAGAUACCACACCUGCCUCGGAAACAUGGCGGAGAAAGACGUCAAGAAGAACUUUUGGCAAGUCUAGGAAACAUGCGUAUAUCGUUGAUUAGACCCGAUCAGUAGCAUCUAAAGAAACUACAAAUGAGCCUAUGAUUACUUUAUCUGAAUAUUCAUUUAAUAUGUGCGUGAUUCAAAAGAGAUUGAGUUGAAUUGUGGAGUUUUUGUGAUCUACUGAAAGAUUACAUCUGGAAAUACUGUACGUGUACGGUAACUGCUGAAACUCAACUGGGGUUUCUACACAUGGAUUUGACAUUAUUAAG